AAGAGAACUAAAAUCUAGCUUCGGUUCCGAAGCAACACCAUGACCGUUGUACCGAACCAAAAUUUAAAAACUCCCGUCUGUUGUCUGAUCCGCUCGAUUCCACUUCUUCCACGUUUUCCGAGCCAAAAAGAUUUUACUCACUGCAUUGUUUUCAAAAUCAACAACUCCCCCAAUCUCUCUUUCUCUUUCUCUUUCUCUUUUCCUACAUAGAAAAUAAAAAUGGUGUCCAAGUUCACAAAGAAAACCCCACCCAAAUCCAUCAAGGACUGCCGGAACAACCGUGGCCGGCAUCGGCGAAGAUCUCCCGUCAAAAAAGCAGCAAUCAGAGCCUCCUCCGCCGUACUCACCACCAUCAACAAGUCCCUCUACACCUGCCACCGCCGCCUCAUCAAGAUCUUCUCCAAGUUGGCCCGAAUCGGCAGCCCGAACCGAAACAAAGGCUACAAGAUCCUAACCAAAACCAAAGAAUCCGAAAACAAAUACCGACCCGAUUUCGAAAUCCCCUCCUCAAUCCGACGGACGCUCGUCUUCGACAACAACAACGGCCUCCCGCCGAUGAUGUCGCCGGAAAGGCGGACCGUCUUCCUCGACCUCGACGAGACACUGGUCCACUCAAUGCCGGAUCCACCACCAGAGAGGUUCGAUUUCGUGGUCCGGCCGGUGAUCGACGGCGAGAUCCUCAACUAUUACGUGCUGAAGCGGCCGGGAGUGGAUGAGUUUCUGGAAGCGCUCGGAGCAAAGUACGAGUUGGUGGUGUUCACGGCCGGUUUGAAGGAGUACGCAUCGCUCGUAUUGGACCGGCUCGACCGGAAGAGAGUGAUCGCUCACCGGUUGUACCGGGACUCGUGCAAGGAGGUGGACGGCCGGUUCGUGAAGGACCUGUCCGAAUUGGGAAGGGAUUUGAAGCGCGUGGUAAUCGUCGACGAUAAUCCAAACUCGUAUAUGCUCCAGCCUUGUAAUGCGGUUCCGGUCCGACCGUUUGUGGACGAUCUGGAGGACCGGGAGCUGACUAAUUUGGUCAGCUUUUUCAAGGGCUCUGAUCAUUUUGAUGAUAUGAGAGACGCGGUCAAACACUACUUUGCUCGUGGAGAUAUUGACCAAUUAUUAGUGACUUCGGAAUUGUAAUUUUACUUUUACCAGUUUCUCUUCUUUUUCUAUUAUUUGUGGGGAGUUUCUCUAUUUUCUUUUUCUUGUUCAUAUUAUGUUCUGUUGAACAUAAAAUUGUUCAAUUUUUUAAUGGCAAAAAUUCAAAGAAGAAACUCCCAGAAUAAUCCCUCUACAUUUAUUUGGUACUAUAAUCUUUUAAUUUCAAAUUGUCACUCAUUUUCUGUU